AUGUCUAAUCUCCAAAAUGAUCCGCUUCUGCAAGUGGAAACAACAUGUGGAUCUCUUUUAUAUGAACUCCAGAUUAUCUGGGAUGAAGUUGGCGAGUCAGAUGCUGAAAGGGACAAAAUGCUGCUUGAGCUUGAGCAAGAAUGUCUAGAGGUAUACAGAAGAAGGGUAGAUCAAGCAAACAGAUGUAGAGCUCAGAUAAGGCAGGCAAUUGCUGAAGCUGAAGCAGAGCUUGCAGCCAUUUGUUCUGCAAUGGGAGAGAGACCAGUACAUAUUAGGCAGUCCGAUCAAAGUCCUGGGAGCUUGAAGGCAGAACUUAAAACCAUACUCCCUCAACUAGAGGAGAUGCGGAAGAGGAAAUGUGACAGAAGGAAUCAAUUCCUCGAAGUUUUUGAACAAAUACAGAGGAUAAGAAGUGAGAUUUAUACAUCCACAGAAUAUACUCCUUCCAACACAGCUGUGGAUGAAACUGAUUUGUCCUUAAGAAAGCUUGAAGAAUUGCACAGAGAGCUGCAUUCACUUCAAAAGGAAAAGAGUGAUCGCCUGAAGCAGGUUUUGGAACACAUGAAUACUUUGAAUUCACUAUGCUUGGUGCUUGGUAUGGAUUUCAAGCAAACAGUUAAUGAGGUUCAUCCCAGUUUAGGCGAAUCUGAAGGAACGAAGAACAUAAGUAAUGAUACUAUUGAGCAGUUAGCAGCUGCAAUACAAAAAUGGCGGGAGGUCAAACUACAGAGGAUGCAGCGGCUUCAAGAUCUGGCAACUUCAAUGUUGGAGCUAUGGAAUUUGAUGGAUACACCAGUUGCAGAGCAGCAGAUGUUCCAGAAUGUUACUUGUAACAUAGCUGCUUCAGAACAUGAGAUCACAGAGCCCAACAUGCUUUCUGUCGACUUCAUUAAUUAUGUGGAGGCAGAGGUGUCUCGGUUGGAAGAGCUGAAAGCAAGCAAAAUGAUAGAGCUGGUCUUGAAAAAGAGGUCAGAGCUGGAGGAGAUUUGUAGGAAGACACAUAUGAUUCCAGAAUCAGAGAGUGCAAUGGAAAUUGCUAUUGCAGCUAUUGAAUCUGGUGCUGUGGACCCCGCCAGUGUGCUUGAACAAAUUGAGCUUCAAAUAGCAAAAGUGAAAGAGGAAGCGCUUAGUAGGAAAGAAAUACUUGAAAAGGUUGAGAAGUGGAUGUCUUCAUGCGAAGAAGAAUGCUGGCUUGAGGAGUAUAACAGGGAUGAAAACAGAUAUAAUGCAGGAAGAGGUGCCCAUCUUAUACUGAAGCGUGCUGAGAAAGCUCGUGCUAUGGUUAAUAAACUUCCAGCACUGGUGGAGGCAUUGGCUUCCAGAACCACAGCAUGGGAAGAAGAGAGAGGCAUUGAGUUCACUUAUGAUGGUAUUCGUCUUCUUUCCAUGCUUGAAGAGUAUACUAUUUUAAGGCAAGAAAAGGAGGAAGAACGCAAAAGGCAGAGGGACCAGAAGAAACUUCAGGGACAGAUAAUAGCAGAACAGGAGGCUCUUUUUGGGUCUAAACCGAGCCCUAUGAAGAAUCAGAGUGGGAAAAAAGGUUCUAGGUUGUCCUGUGGCGGUGCAAGCAACAGAAGGCUUUCUUUAGGAGGACCAAUGGUACAAACUCCUAAACCUGAUAUUCUUCCCUCCACAAAGGCUACUCCCAAUGCACGUCAUGUAAGGAAAAAUGAUCGUCUUCACCAAAAUGACCAACUAAACCAUCCCAGGGAUGAUGGAGUUGCAGCUUUAUCAGCUGGAAGGAGAGGUUUGGACAUUGCUGGUCUCCCUGCAAAAAAGCACUCAUUCAAUGCAGUUAAUGCACGUGAAGCAGAGUCAGCCAUGAUGCGCAAGCCCUUCUCGCCUAUUUCCUCCACAGAUUCAUCAAAGUCCAAUGCAACAACCAUAUUGGAAGACCUGAACAGAAAACAUGAGAUGUUGCAGAAAACACUUACCAAUAUCACUACACCACUAACUACUCCUUCCAAGGUAACAUCUGCUGCGGAUGAAGAAAACAGGACUCCUAAAACAAUGGCAAUUCCUCUGCCCUCUACACCCUCAACAGUAUCAGUUGCAAUGCAGACGGCCAUGACUCCUGCUGCUCCUCCAGUCCUUUAUGGUGCUCAUCCAGUUGAAGAGAUUGAUGAAGAGAUUGAGUACUCAUUUGAGGAAAGAAGAGCUGGUUUUGUGCUUCCUAAAACCCAUCUAAAGACCAUGUUACAAGUUUUGAAACCUCGAAACCUAUACUGA